AUGAUAGCUCAGGGCGUCACGGGGCUCUUGCGACCCUUGUGCACUGUACUGAACAUGAGCAAAAUUCGCCUUGUUUAUCUCUGUGGAAUGACUGAGCAGCAUCACAUCCCAGCAAAGUGGGGGGCAAAGAGAGGCUUCAGCUCCACACACAGGCUCCAGGAUGCCCCCAGGGAAUCCAGCUCUGCAGGCCAGGUGACAGUGCAUUUCCUAAACCGAGAUGGAGAGCGAUUUACAACCAGCGCCAAGGAAGGGGAGAGUUUGCUGGAAGUGGUCGUCAACCAAAACUUGCCCAUCGACGGCUUUGGUGCAUGCGAAGGGACAUUAGCCUGCUCCACCUGUCACCUCAUCUUUGACAAGGACACCUUCCAAAAGCUUGGUGCCAUCUCAGAUGAAGAGCUGGACAUGCUGGACUUGGCAUAUGGACUCACUGAGACCUCACGCCUUGGCUGCCAGGUGUGCAUCAAGAAGUCAAUGGAUGGUCUGACAGUGCGGGUCCCCAUGGAUGUGUCGGACAUCAGGAGGCAGCAGGAGGUCGGAAAACAGAGCAAACAGUGA